AUGGCUUCAAUUGCUGCAGGAUUUGGUGGCAAUAUUGCAGUUAUCGAAACUAACAGUAAUCACAACAGGGACCCAAAUAAGCGUCAAAAUCCAGCUAACAAUGAUCGUAGUAGGAUACAUAUAAGAGUCAAAACUCAUAUAGUUCAACUAGUUCCACAAGUCCUGGUCCUAAACAACUUCAUAAAAGUCUUACAAGUCGUAAUGAAAACAUAUUUACAACAUGAGGCGAAAAAAACUGAUAGUGGUGGUAUUAGAGAUUCAACCACAACAGAAACACCAGAGUAA